AUGCCUAACGAGUCUUCUCGCAAGCGUAACAAGCCUUCAUACGUUUGUCUAAAUUGUCGAAGGAAAAAAAUUAGAUGCAAUAGACAACUUCCAUGUUCUAGUUGUGUGAAGAUUAAUGCUGGGUACACGUGCUCCUAUGAUACCAAAUGGAAACCGGUUAAAACAGGAGGUACUGAGCGCCCUUUGAAUCAUAAGGCUAGCAGCAAUAUAGUGUUCAAUAAUGAAAGUCCAUUGGAAACUGGUACAUCGCUGAUGGAGAAUACUAUAUCACCUUUUUUACCUCAGCCUAGUACCCUUGCAGAUGAAAACCGAAUACUCAAAAAUAGAGUAAUUGAAUUGGAGAGGCUAUUGCACGAUGUAAGUGAAAAUGGUGGUGGUGUAGUGUCUGACAAUUCAUCAACUUCGCUGUCAACAGUAAUGCAUAAGCCAUAUAUUAGAACCACACCAAUACUACCACCAAACAAGCCUACUUCGCCUAAUCCCGAGGUUGACGAUGACGACGUGCUCAAUUUUUAUGAUGGAUAUUCACUUAUUAGAGUAAAGGGGCAUGUUCGACGUGUAAAUAGCGGCCCUUUGUCCCCAGUAGCACUUUAUAAGCGCGAUCCAGUAUUGGCAAUGGUGUGGAACGCCAUUAGCAGCAAGGGCUAUAUCAAAAUCAUUGAUGUCCAGACGCCAAAUCGAGUCUCAGGAAUGUGCCAUUCGUUGCCAGUAUACAGCAUCUCCAAUACUGUAAUCUCGGAUAGGAUGGAUCGGCUUUUCAAAAAGAAAUUUUUGGAAGUUGAAGGAUACGAUGAAGUUACUUCUUACAAGUCGCGUAUCGAGAAAGACAUGGCUGAAAACCUUGAAGAACUGGAGGUAAACGACAAAGGAUUGAAUGACAAUUCUAGUAACAAAAUGGUAUCUGCUAACGCGCACAAUAGUGAUGAUGCUGGCAGAAAUGAACCAGCUCCAAGAAAAUUGACUUAUACUCAAAUUAGUCUUGCAAGGACACUUUUUGAAGGUAAAGUUAACCCCGAGUUGCAUUUAAUAGAAAAAGUGAAACAGCUAUUGCCAAAAAAGAAAGUGUUGUGGUCAUUGGUUGAUAUAUUUUUCUCCAAAUUAUACUUGUCUAUACCAUUUAUCGAUGAGCUGGAAUUUAGAAAGGAUUUGCAAAAGAUAUUUGGACCAGCAAAUUACAAGGAUGAGCCAUUCACGCGAGUCAUUAUUGGGAAGAAGAUGGAGUUGGCAACUAUUGCCACUUGUUUCAUCAUGAUGAGGCUAACAUAUUUGUCACUAUACUCAAAUCGUGAUUGUAUCAAUUUAAAAGAAAUGAAAUCAACGGGUGAUUCUAUCAAGAAGUACAUUUUUGAGAAUCCAGUCACAUCUUCCUUUGUUGAGGUUGCCAACUCGUGUUUGUAUUGUUUUGAUGUUACAAGAAGGUCAAACUUGACAAUUUUUCAAGCAUGUUUGAUGAUGCGGAUCUACAAGUAUUGUGCUCCUGAAGAAUGCGACGGUAUAGAUGGCGGUGGCUCGCAAAUAGGAACAGCUAUCUUGAUCCAAAUGGCAUAUUCUCUUGGGUUGAAUCGCGAACCAGAUAAACUCGACGUUUGCAACGAUGACAAAAUCAAUAAUAUAGGAAGAAAGAUUUGGUAUUUUUUGCUCAGGUUGGAUAUGAUGUAUUGUGCUAGUGUUGGGAACCCUAUAAACAUAUAUCCACACCAUUACGACGUGAAUUUACCAUUUGUGACAAAGUAUAAUAGCAAUACAAUUGAUGUUGCAAUAGAUGCUGCUGCUGUUUCCAAUAUUGUGUAUUUGCAUAACCAAUCAAAGAUGAUGAGGAAUUUGGCAGGUUAUGCUCUGGACAUCAACAGGGGAGUAAAAAUGAACACUAUUACACGAGAUUUACACGAAUUUGAAUUGAACUUGGAAAAUCAAUAUAAGGCUUUACAAGAAUCAGUUGACUUUCAAGAAUGGCAAGAUACUUGUACUUCGAAUAUUGAUACUUUAUCUUUCACGCUUCAGUUUCAAUUGGUUUUGGGACUUCGAACAGCAUUACUUUCAUUUUAUCAUCACAUUUAUCUACAUUACGAAAAGAAAUUGGACUCGGAAUUGGCAUUUUUUUAUCUUUGUAAAUUGAUGUAUAUCAUAAUAUACAAUCUAAUGCCGUGUACCGGAGAUGUGUUGUAUGGAUCCAUGAGUUCAAGAAGUCUUUUCAUUAAUCCAGUGAUUCAAUUCGCAUUGAGCAAGGUUACUGGAAUUAUCAUGUCAUGCUUAGUAAGAGUAAGUUACAAUGUUCGAGUAAUGGAACAAAAGCCAUCGCAUUCAACAAACUUGGCCACUAAUUCUGAAUACAAACAACAUUACCAAAGUUUGAGAUGCAUUUUAAAAGCUUUGAAUAGAGAAGCAAAUCUACUAUGCUCAUUAUCUGAAAGAAUGGGAUCUCGGUACUAUUAUUCAUGGCGAAUAUCAAAAGCACAUACUGUUUUAUUUGGUAGAAUUGCCAAACCAGAGUUUUACGAUAAGUAUGCAAGCAGUUUGAAAAAAAUUAAAGCGUUCCAAUUCACACCAGCGCAAUUGGACUUAUUUCAACGACUUAUUAGCUUAUUAGUUGCAACAACUACAAAAGUAGUUAACUACGAAGAUGCUGAGGAUAAUCCAGUCCCGGAUUUUUCACCAAUGGAAAACCCCACCGAUGAAAGUAGUCAACAAAACAAUGAAGCGAAUGAAUUUCAGGAGAAUAAUAACGGAUCGAGUCAAGGGCUCAUGAAUACAAACUCAAUAGACUCGAUUUCAUUCUCGCCACUUGAUUCUUUUGGAGAAGGAGGAGCAUCAUCAUCAUUGAUACCUGGUAUUCCCCAUUCAACAAAGGAUGAAAUUGAUCAAAUGUGGCUCCAACUCUCUGCAAUGCACAAUGAUCCUGAUCAAGAUGGGCUUGAGAGUUGGCUUCCCAGUAUUCCCUUUCCAUUUUACAACAAUAACAACACCUCCAGUCAAGGUAAUGGCGGAUUAUUUUACAAUAACAGCAGCAUGAACAACGGCAACGGCGGCAAUAAUAAUAACAAGGAUAACAAUGGUAAUUUUCAGAAUGGAAGUUCAAUUUCACUCCAACAACAACAACAACAACAACAAACGGGUGAUCAGGAACCACAAGCACCCUAUUUGAAUUUCAGAGACCCUUUGUCGCUGGUUUAUAUAGACCCAAACUUUGAUCUUUCUUGCAGGUACAACUACGAUCAACUAUUGUGA